AUGAACGUUAACUACAAACUGCCCGUGACGGAGGGCAGCCCGGAAUGCACCAACGUGCCGGAGCUAGGCUCGGGCGAGACGUGUCCUGCUGUGUCGGUGUACAAGUCGUAUGGAGUGCAGAUCGGCAUGGUGAGUGAUAUUGUGAGACGCCUCAUUGGUAGUUAUGGAGAGCAGUUCGCAUGGUGGGCACUUACUGCUUUCCUCGCUCCCCACGCCACCGUUUCACCCCCACAUACCAAGUCCCUCCCGUUCGCCUAUCCUCCCGCACCCAUCCCAUAUCCCGCUCCCUUUCUAAAAAGCUUAUCUCCUCCCCUUCCCUUUGUUUCUCAGGGCACGGUCUACGGGCGAGUGGACGUGCUGAGGAGCAUGGUCGUUCGGAUUGACUCGCUCAAGGUCACGGGAGUGCCUACCUUCAACAAGUCGCCGGGCGCCAUUCGCGUUGCGAUGUCGGGCUACGGCCCUGACCUCCUGCGCGCGCAGAUCGUCCUCUCGAGCAACGAGGCGUUGACACCCCGAUUGUUUUGCACAGGGGCGCCGUCGGCAUAA